UGUUGAAAUUUUAUUUUCUUGUGAAACUUGGCAAUCAUUGUGUGAACCGCCGAGGGAAAAAGAGAGAAGAAAACUAAUAUCAAAAAGAAGACAGAAAAAAACUCUCUUUCAAUAUAGCUGCUAUGCACUGACUCAUCUUACACCAAGUUUCCCCCAAAAGGAAUUUGCUGACCAGACGUUCGUUUGUUCGCGUUUUCAAAUAUGGUGAAAGAAUGAAGAGAAAGAGCGAAGAAAUAGAUUUGGAAAAUCUUUGCAAAAAAUCGUCAAAAAUGACCAGAUCGACCGAAAAAGACAAGAAAUAUGACAGACAGCUGAGAUUGUGGGGUGAUCAUGGACAGAGUAGGCUGGAAAAUGCCAAUGUUUGUCUAAUCAAUGCCACUGCUUUAGGGACGGAAAUAAUGAAAAACCUUAUACUUCCAGGAAUUGGAUCAUUUACUGUCAUUGACUGUCAUAAAGUUUUACCCAAAGAUACUGGAAAUAAUUUCUUUAUUAGCUAAGAGCACAUUGGUAUGAAUCGUGCAAAGUGUGCUGUUGAAUUACUGCAAGAACUGAAUGAAGAUACUUGUGGAAAUUUUAUAGAUGAAGAUCCGUUGACUUUAUUAUCGAAGAAACCAAAUUUUUUUGAAAAAUUUUCUGUGGUUAUUGCUACGAACUUGACGAAAGGUAUUUCUUUGAAACUUUCCAUAUCCCUUUGGGAUUCACAAAUUCCCUUCCUUACAUGUGAUGUAUUUGGUUUGCUGGGAAUUAUGAGACUUGUUAUUGAAGAACAUACUGUGACUGAAGCCCAUCCUGAUAACGCAUUUGAAGAUCUGAGAAUUGACCAACCAUUUGCUCAGCUCCAGGCCUUUUCCGACUCUCUCCUUUCUUCAAUGUCCAAACUGGAACAUUCUCACACUCCGUAUAUAGUUUUACUUUUGAAGUAUGUGGAAAAAUGGAAACGCACACACGAUGGCCGCACACCGCAAACUUAUAAAGAAAAGUGUUCUUUCAAAGACUUAUUACGCGAAGGUAUGUUGGUGAAGGAAAACGGAGUUCGCGAGGAUGAAGAUAAUUUUGAAGAAGCCAUAAAAGCAGUGAAUACAUCUCUAAAUACCACGAAGAUUCCUUCUGAAAUAAAAGAAAUUCUUGAGGAUGUUAAAUGUGAUGUUGCCCCAACUUCGAACAGUUCAUUUUGGAUUUUAUGUCGUGCUUUGAAAGAAUUCGUGAACGAAACUGGCAGCCUUCCUCUGCGCGGAUCGAUUCCCGACAUGACGGCGGAUACGACACGUUUUAUUGAAUUGCAAAAUUGUUAUCAUGAAAAAUCGCUGGAAGAUAUCGAAAAAAUGACCGAAAAAGUUCGAUCAAUUUUAAAAUCAUUGCAUAAGAAACCCAACUUCAUAAAAGAUGAAGAUAUCCGGCUGUUUUGUAAAAAUUCAGCAUUUCUGCGCGUAGUUCGUUGUACUUCGUUACAAGAAGAAUUUAACAACAUAUCGACGCAAUUUUUAGAACGAUUACGUAAUGAAGACGAGAAUGACGUCAUGUAUAUAUUGUUUCGAGCUAUUUAUAAAUUCCGUUCAAAACACGAUAGAUAUCCCGGUUCGUCUGAGGAACACGUCAAGAUUGAUUGUGAGAAACUACAGAGUUACGUUGGCGGCCUCAUGGAACAGUGGGGUUUAAAUGGUGAAAUAAAAGAAGAUUAUGUACAGGAAAUAUGUCGUUUUGGUGGAAGUCAAUUGCAUCCUGUUGCGUCGUUUAUGGGUGGAUCUGCCGCACACGAAGUCAUCAAAAUUAUCACAAAUCAGUAUGUUCCGUUUCAUGAUUAUUUCAUCUUCAACGCGAUGACAGGCUCUUCUGUAAGUCUAAAACUUUGAUCGUGUGCUUUUCAAUUCCGUUCAUUUGAACAGGAAUUCCACAAAUUCGAAAACGCCAUGUCAGUCGUAAAAGCGAAAGAUGAGUUCAAUGUUGUGUUUGUCAUGCAUUGACUAAAACUUGUAGCCUUGCAUGUGACUUAAUCAAGUGUGAAUAUCUUUCGUUUGCUUUUUUUACCAAGGUCUAUGAGAAAGUUUUUGUACAAAUGAGAAAAUUAAUAGGCAUGAUGUAGAUUGUGAAAAUAAAACCGGACAGUUGAUUUUGUACUAUGCAGCAAACGUCAUUUCCUAGAAUUGAAACGGUCGUUAAAUGGCUUUUUGAACUUCGUCAAGAUCUGCUUCUUGACUUUGAUAAAAAAUCACCUGUGUUUAAGAUUGUGCGCACUUGUUAUAAUGGCCGAGAUCAAAGAGCUUUUAAUGAAAUAAAGAAAUACAAAGUAAAACUCGCAUUAAAUUAUUUUUUCAACAUCCUUGAUAGUAAAUAAUAACUCUUAAUUUUGUUAUAUAACAUCUGAACCUAUAAAUCAUUUCGCAAGUUUAAAAUAAAGAUUUCAACUCCAUUGACGAGAUUAUCUCUCGAUCAUAUUAUUGCUUUUAAUUAUAAGUUGUGCAUAAAUAUGAUUUAGAUCAUUCAAAUAAAUUAUUUCUAAUUGUCUAGUAAUAGAAGUACAUUUGCUGGAAUGGUCAGUUCAGUGUUUAUUUAACAACAACCUUUAUAAGAUUGUCAUUAUUGCAAGCGGGCUAGCAGCAUCUCUAUAAUGGAUAUCAUCCUUAAAUUAUUAUUCUGAAAUGUUUUAAAAGAUAUCUUACGGAUGUAAACGAUAGUGUUAGGGUUAAGAGGUCAACAGCAUCUCAUGUGAUUAAUACACUUCGUGAAAUGUUCGGCGCUUUCUUGAAACCGUUCACUCAGUACUAUAAAAUGGACGUGUGGAAAAGAGACGUUCAAAAGGAUUGAUAAAAAAGUCAGUUUUAAGCAAUACUUUAGGGCUUACUUCAAUACAAACAGGCAAAAAUUAUUUCAUUUUGUUCUACGAAGUAUUUUUUUUUCGUUCUUCAUAAACUAAACUACAUUGAACAGUUUUACUUUUCUCGGUUUGGCCUCGUCUAAUUAACUGAAUGACAAAACCAUGCAUAUCAAUUUGUUGCAAAGGAACAACUAACUUUGCCAAUUUUUUAUACGUACAAGAAGGAGUUUACGCACAUUUCAUUUAAAGACGUGAACUUUGAUAAUUAGUGACAUGAAUGGAUGAUUAGCCGUUGUUUUUCGUGCAGAGCAACACCCACAGCGUGGGUUAAAGCAUGCUUGUGUUUGUCUUUCAUUUUCAAAAGCAAACACACUCGGACGUACGGCCUACGAGCAUUAAAGAGUGCUCAAAGUUAAAUAAACUUUGCGUUAUCGUGUUUCCGGUCUAAAGGACGGGAAUGUCGUUGAAGCUCUUUGGAGUAGCCAUCCUUUCAUGUUUCUAUGACGAUACUUGGUUUGAUGAAACUACGAAAUACCCUCAAACAUACAUAAAAGUACCUACAAAUGCAUAAAAAUACAAUAUUCUGGAAUGUUAGUCAACACAGAAAAAGAAAAAUUUUUAUUAAGAUAUCGAUUUAAUAUCCUUGAAUAUUGUCAUAAUUUAAGCAACGUAAUUGCAUCCCUAUGGGCCGGAUAAAUGGUGUAGUUAUUGCAUUGAUUCAGACGCCAGGAAGAGCUUUAGCGUGCACAAACGUCAGAAAUAUCAAAGCAUCUUCUUCAGUAAACUACAGGGCGGGUCUAUUGUAUAUUUUACUGUCUUCCUUUUGAAGAUAUUUUAAGCGAAGCUUGAGAUUAUAAAAAGGCGUUCAGUGCUGCAAAUCACAAUCAUAAACACCGAACAAAACAAUCAUAAACAUCAGAGAAGAAAUUGGAAAUUCUUAAAUAUUAAGUGAAAGAUGAGCGACAACAAAACCGCAAUUCUUGCUAACAAUCAACGCUAUCUUGCUUUACGAAACGUCUUUGGAAGAUUGACCAUAAUAGCUGAUGGAGAGCCAGGAUCGGCUAACGAAAUAGAAGUUCAAUUCAUCAUCGACCGAGGUACAAACUUCAACGUUUUUGCUAAUGGAGCAAGUAACACGAUCGUUCGAAUUCGACCAGCGUCUAACAACGGCAAAUAUAUCGCCGUUGACGGUUCGUCGAUUGUUUUAAAGGAUGUGCCAAAUUCUUUAGCUAUAAACGAUUCUUCGUUUGAUUUCUAUGAAGAAAAUGUUGCUGGGCAGUUCGAUACUGUUCGGUUUGUUCAUAGAGUUUCUGGAAGUUAUUUGACUCUUCAACGUGGUACAAAUCAGCUUGUCCUACAGCCCCCCUCGUCAGACAGAAACGCUUGGAUGCGCUUGAGAAAUAUAGAAAACAACAUAAGUUUAUUUCGAGCUGAGAUUACAGAGAGCGUGUACGUGGGGGAAAAAUUGGAAAAUGAAUUAUCCAGUGAAAUUUCAUACGAAAUCUUCAGCAACAGCGAAGAAUGAAAGGGUCGUAGUCGAUAUGAAAAAGCGCUUUUACGAUGAAACUUUUGAUAGUUUUUUUUUAAUGAAAUUUAUCUAUUUAUUGCUGUUUAUUUAGUUAGCAUAUUAAUAUUCCAACAUAAUUUGUAUAAAUAUAUCACAGGGAUUUACAAAUUUAUUUAAACUUAUUUAUUUUAGCGCGAAUAGUUGUAUAAAAGUUGUCAAAUAAUUUUAAUGUGUAUUUAUUGAGAUUCAUACAACGUUUUUAAGAUUUUUAUGAAUAAAAUACAUUUUUUGAAAGAAA